UCGGGCGGACGGUGAGAGAGCAUGUCCGUCCAGUCGUCCUCUAAGGUUUUAAAUAACCCGUAACGACUUGAACUGGUUCGUUUGUGAUCCGUGAGUGUCAGGCAGAGCCUGGAUCUGAACCAUGACGUCCAGAGGAACCCCGAGCCGCUUCCUGAGGAGUGUUCUGCAGAACGGGCUGGGUCGGUACGUGUGUCAGCUCAAGAGAGUCUCCAUCGUCUUCUCCAAGAAAGCUCAGAGCUCGCUGGGAGUCAGGGAUUUUAUUGAGGAGGGAGUGGUGGAUUAUGCCAAGAAGAACCCCGGCACGGUGGUGUACGUGUCUCCCCAGCCCUCCAAUAUCCCCAAAAUAGUGGCAGAAUACUUAAAUGGGAAUGUGAGAGAAGAAUUAGUCACGAACAAAACAUCUUCUCAGAUUUCUGAUCUUCUGACCAAGCUGACGAACCAGUCGGGCCUGGACGUCAUCCGCCUCCGCAAGCCCUUCCACACGGACAGCCCGAGCAUCCAGGGCCAGUGGCACCCGUUCACCAACCGGCCCCCGGCCAUCGGCCCCAUCAAGGCCCCCCAGCGGGACGCGCAGUAAAGACUAAACCAAGAAGUUUGGAUUGUUUCAAGGAAAUGAGUUAAUGGACUUUACUUUCAGGUCUUGCUCUUUGGUUGUUUUUUUUGUAAAAAAAAUUCUCUGUGGAUUUUCCUGGAUAAAUAUACUGAAUACGA